AUGGCACAAGUUUUCGGUUCAGAUAUCAAGCCUUGGGCCCGCGCUGCACCCAAGGGAUACAAAUUCAUCAAUGCCAACAUCGUCGAUGUCGCAGCGGGCACAAUCAAAGAGAACCAAACAGUCAUUACGACCGAGGGGAAGAUCACCUAUGUCGGCCCAGAAUCAUCUGCGCCAACCACACCAGAACUAAAGACCGUGAACUGUGAAGGCAAAUACCUGAGUCCCGGCCUAUUCGACGCCCAUGUUCAUCUCUGCGCAGUCCCCGGCUUCGAGGAUCUGUCCAAAGCCUUUGGGAAUCCAAAUGACGUUCAUCUCCUGCGACAGCCAUACACCGCUUCACAAAUGCUCCACCGCGGCUUCACCAGCAUUCGCGACUGCGGUGGGGCUCAGCUCGCCCUGAAAGAGGCGAUCGAAGAUGGUGUCUUCCCUGGCCCACGGAUCUUGAUCUCAGGACAUGCCUUGUCUCAAUUCGGUGGUCAUGGCGAUCUGCGUGGGUCCCAUGAACCCACUGAGUGUUGCGGGGGUACCCACAGCAACAAUCAUCUUGGUCGGAUGUGUAAUGGGGUACCUGAGUGUAUGGCUGCUGUGCGCGAAGAAAUCCGCUGCGGUGCCGACUUUAUCAAAAUCAUGGGCUCUGGUGGCGUCGCUUCUCCCACUGAUAAAUUGGAGCAUCUUCAAUUCACGUCUGCGGAGAUCCAGGCGAUGGUAGAAUGCGCGGAUAAUGCGGGCACGUUCGUUACUGCCCAUGCAUAUACUGUCAAAGCCAUUCGGCAUUGUAUUGACAAUGGUGUGCGAGGUAUCGAGCAUGGUAACUUUGUUGACCCGCCCACGGCCAAGCUCAUGGCGGAGAAGGGGGUGUAUCUGACUCCGACGCUCAUCGCAUAUGCCCAGAUGGCCUCGGAGCGAUGGAAGAACUACCUGCCCAUUGAGUCGCAGGUCAAAAAUACUAUCGUCCUCAAAUCUGGUCUGGAGGCCCUUCGGGUUGCUUCCGAGGCUGGUGUGACGAUGUGUUAUGGCUCUGAUUUAUUGGGCCCGUUGGGCUCUGCGCAAACGCAUGAGUUUGCUUUGCGAUCGCAGGUUUUGACUCCUUUAGAGGUGCUGCGCAGUGCGACCGUUAAUCCUGCUAAGAUGAUGGGGUUCGAGACUGAGCUCGGGCAGGUGCAGGUUGGUUUCCGCGCCGACGUGGUGGUUUUGAAUGGAAAUCCCCUUGAGGACGUGACUGUGUUUGAUAGACCGGAUGAGCAUGUUCUGGGGGUCAUGAAAGAUGGUCGUGUCUAUAAGAGCCGAUGGGCGAGUUUGGAUGAAGAUGGGCACAUCCCUGUCAGGGUGCAAUACUAA